CUCGAACGUCAAGCCGGUAUUCAAAUGCUCAUGACGAUUCCAACCACAGCCGAGCAUCUUCAGCCUGCCUAUCCCAGCCAUCCACCCCACCCGAUGCCUCAGACCCUCCAGAAGUCCACUAUUCAUGUAAAGUUGAAUGAGGUAGUAGGAGACUCUUAUCAGGGCAGGUCGGCCCAGACGAUUAAUACUAGUACCCUUGGUGCCAGACAAAGAGCCAUGCAGGAGGAAGUGGAAGUAGAGGAUGAGGAAGAGGAGGAAGAAGAAGAGGAAGAAGAGGAUAAGGAGCAGGAUGAAGAUAAGGCAAAGAGAGAAGUAAAGACGGGCAGGAUGGGUACAAGAGGAUGGGAAGAGAAAAAGACAGUUAAAGAUCAUGGGCGAGGCCUGGACAUGAGGUAUGCUGCAGAGGUCACAGGAUUCCAGGAACAGAUAGGGAUGACGGAAAAGCGUGAUCUCAUGAAGGAAGAGCUGGAGCCCGAGAAACAGAAAAAACUUACCAAGGAGAAGGUUCCAAUGAUGAGGCAGACACAAGCGAAAUGGCAGGUAAGUCUUUAG